AUGUCAGUUUGCAAGGUUUGCGAGGAAGCGCUGGUGUUGCGCCUGGAUGCAGACGACGAUGAGAUUGAGGCGGCUGGUGCUGCCGGUUCCAGUUCCGCCUCAAAUUCAACAGUUCCCGAUGAUCUUGAAUUGUCCUGCGGCUGUCAUUUCCAUUGGCAAUGUUUGUUGGACCAAUCUUCUGAAAUGGCCCUGUCUCUCAAGUGUCCCAGCUGCAACGACCACCUCCCUGUCAACAAUGCUGGACCUUCUGUGACCAACCCAUUUCUGUCUACACCAGCAGGCGCAGCAAUCCUCACAACCUAUACAAAUGAGGGCGGCGUCCAAGAAAAUCUUGACAUUUUGCCUUCGAUUACAGAAGAAGCAUAUCUUGAGAGCCACCCCGAAGCACGCCCGGCUCGUGCCCUGCAUGUCAUGUGUGCAGAGGGCGACGUCGGUGGAAUUGUUGAGCUCCUUCGCGAUGCUAGCGAUGACAUUGAAGAUAUGGCAUCCUUUGUUACAUACCAGGAUCCUCUCGCAGACAUGAAGAGUGGGCUUCACCUGGCCAUUGAAAAUAAGCAAGAGGAGUCGCUCUGGCUUCUCCUUUGGCUGUGUUCAACAAUUCCGGAAUCUUCCUUCCCUGAAAACGCUCGCUCUGUAGCUGAAGCUCUAGGCGUUGGUCGAUUGUCAGUAAAUAGCGAACAGGAUAUCCGCGGUUUGCGAGACAGUCACGGCAAGACAGCUGCAGACAUCGCUCAACAGCAGCAGGGGCACUGGGACCGAAUCCUCCAGACAGGCAUACUAUCGCAAACGAUGGCGCCAGGGACGACCGACAAAAAGACUGAGAAGUCGUAUUUAAGCUCCGCCGUUGAUUCUAUCAAUCCUUGGGCCGCCAGUCGCAGUACAACUCCAACCCAGAAACUCAAGCCAGAGCCAGACAGCCUUUUGGCCGCUGCUCCUGCAAACCCUGAUGACCACAGCACAACUCAUUUAUAUGGCCAAAGUUUCCGAACAUAUCCUUCAGGAUGCCCUCCUCUAAAGGUUCAGUGGUUUCAUGCCGUGGAUGUUCCCAAGCGUAAACCUAAAUUGAGCCGUUCGGCCAAGCCUGAACAAAUCACAGCCUCACCCAAGAAGUAUAAUGCCUUUUCGCCCUCGGACUCGAAGGCUUUAGAAGCUGAAUACCAAAAACUCCUUGAGCAAACGGAAAACACCCGAAGUCAAGUCUCUGGAAGCACACACCCGGUGACAAGAAAGCGUAAAGCAGAUGCACCGGGCAGAAACCCAGACGAUACUGCAGAGGACACUGCUGGAAAUACAGACUCACAGCCGAUCGGUACCCGAGUCGCGGUCAACGAAGACUUUCUGUUUGACGUUGAUAUUGAAUCUCGCGAACUAGCCCCUGUCUACUGGCUUGGCCCUGUUUACGAUGUUCGACGCGGAACAUGGUUCUAUCAAGAAGGCUCAAACCUGCGCCCCUGCGAGGAAAAUCUUGCUGCCCAGCUCGAGGAGGGUUAUCUUAAGAUGAAGCCAUGGCUAUAUCCCACAAGGGAUCGUAGUCCAUCAGGCACAAGACGAAACUUGACACCAAAAGCCUCACAGGAGAACCUCGGAUCAACAUCUAAGGGGCCAGUAGAGAACAGCAGUGCCCCACAAGUUGGCGAUAAUUUACCAACGGAAUCACCUUCUCGCGGUCAAAAUCAGCCUCAGUCGUAUCGCUUGUUUGGGACACAUAUGAACAGCAUGGCAACUUACCACGAUACGACCACGGCUUACCUGAAUACAGAAGGUAUGCUAUCGUGGGUGGCUUCCUCUAUGUAUCAAAGAUUUUCAGGUGGGAGUUAUAUGAGCGGAGUCAAACUGGUUCGCGGUUACUCAGAGCCUUCCAAAAACAAAGAGAAAGAUGUCGAGAAAGAAAAAAAUGACGAAAACAAGUCUGGCGUUGGUGAAGAUGCGUUGUCGCUAGACGAGAAACAACAAAAGUUGUUGAAGCGAAGAUCCGCCCCGCCUUCGACCCGAGCUUCACAUGAAGAGCCGGUUCAAGAAGCCACGAACAGUAGCCCUAGCCAAGACCCUCGACAAUCAACUCUUCAGCGACAGCUGUCUUCCCUUCUCGAGGGUGAAGCUAAGACCAAGGCUGAAAAGGAAGAAGAAAUACGGCGACGAGAAGAACAAGAGAUUCAAGAUGACUACAACGCGCAAGUCGGCGAGACCCAAGGACGUGAAAUCGAGCAUUUAGUGCUUGUCACGCAUGGUAUAGGCCAGCUCCUCAGCUUGCGGAUGGAGAGUGUUAACUUUGUUCACGAUGUGAACGUUCUCCGCAAGACAAUCAAAUCUGUCUAUGCCAACUCAGCAGACCUGAAGGCGUUGAAUUCGGAGCUGGGAGCAGGACCAGGGAACUCUAGAGUACAGGUGCUUCCUGUCUGCUGGCGACACUUGCUCGAUUUCCCUCAGAAGCGUGAGAAGAAAGGCGAACGUGACCUUGGAGACCUCGACGGUGAUGAGGACGAGUACCCAUCCCUGGAGGAUAUCACCGUUGAAGGUGUGGCUUUCGCCCGUUCUCUGAUUUCAGACCUUGCCCUGGAUGUUUUGCUAUAUCAGAGUUCAUAUAGAGCUCAGAUCUCGAAGAUCGUUCUCGAUGAAUGCAACAGAAUAUUCAAACUGUUCAGAAAACGGAACCCAGAGUUCAAGGGGAAAGUGCACCUGAUGGGCCAUUCUUUGGGUUCUGCUAUUCUUUUUGACCUGCUUUGUCAACAGAAACGGGACCAGGCUCCGGAGUCAAGACCCUUACUAAGGUUAUGGCCAGCUCAGGAUAUUUCUGAGACGCCCGGUAAAGACCCCGAUCUCAGUCUAGAAUUCAAGGUCGAGGACUUCUUCUGCAUAGGUUCACCAAUUGGCCUCUUUCAGAUGCUCAAGGGGCAGACGAUAGCAGCCAGACACCGCAAACCAGCAGGGAACAUCAAGAGCGCCUCAGGAGCCACUACUCCAGACGACAUUCUGCGCACAGCUCAGCUUCCUUCAGGUACAGAGCAAAUAUCCUCAAUAACUGGACAUCCUACGUCAGUUGCGUCGCCGAAAGUUCAACAGCUCUUCAACAUUUUUCACCCGUCAGACCCGAUUAGCUAUCGACUAGAGCCGUUGAUAUCACCGUCCAUGUCGACACUGAAGCCCCAGCUGCUACCUUACACGAAGAGAGGAAUCUUUGGCAAUGUUGCACCUCAGGGAUUAACAGGAAUCGGGGCCAAAGUCGGCCAGAGCGUCAGUGGAUUAUGGUCAAGCCUAAGUGCCGGCAUCGCCAGUAAUUUACUCAAUCGUUCGCUCGGGUUGAGCAAUGAGGAGGUGGCACGGCUCACAGCUAACGCAAGCCAAGCAGAGGUCGCCGGCACUGAAACCACGGGGACCAAGGGGACGGCAAACCGGGAGGUUUCCAGUGCUGCUGAAAAGCUAGAGGCUACUGAUGCACGAAUGAAAAAGCUCGCAGAUUCUGCAACUGGCAACGCUGGGCUGGACCCGGAGGCAGGAGACCGUAACCCUACCCUAAUCGAUGAAGAGAUCGAGACUUUGUAUUCCAAUUUCCAGAAAAACCGCACACGAUCGACGAAGGACGAAGAGACAUCGACGACAACAGCAGAUGAAGACAAGAAGGCGCGCAAGAUGCGCAACGAGGAGGCCAAAGUUCGAGCUCUCAAUCGUAACGGCAGAGUUGACUAUAGUAUCCAAGAAAGUGUCCUUGACUUCAACCCGAUUAAUACCAUCGCCUCACAUAUGGCGUACUGGGCCGAUGAAGACGUGAACCAUUUUGUUCUGUCGCAACUGUUGUCGAACCGAUCUAGCAACAGAAGCAAUGCUGAGGUCUCAUCAAAGAAAGAUCUGCGUCGCGACCUCGAGCUUCUGGUCAUUCCCGUCAAGCAGCAGCUUGUGGAUAAGCUGCCAAAGCGGUUCAAAGGCAUCAAGUUUGGUAUCCAGUCCAACCAAGACAUUGCCAAUCAAGCUGUCCUUGAGGUUUCCGAUCGCCUACUAUAUGAUAUCGAGAACAACCGCGCUCCAUACCGCCAUGGUCCUCUUGACUCUCGACUGGGCACUUCCAGUAAACAGGGAAGAUGUUCGACCUGUUUAGAAUCUCUCAAAGACUGUAACGGGCAUUUUGGCCAUGUUCGCCUGCCGUUGCCUGCGUUCCACGUUGGUUAUCUUCGUUUCAUCAUGUCGAUUCUUCAAGAAAUCUGCAAGGACUGCGGCCGAGUUUUGCUCGAGGAACCAGAAAGACAGCAGUUUCUUAAAGAACUAAGACGGCCAUUCCUCGACAAUCUGCGACGAACGCAAAUAUGCAAAAGGAUAAACGAACAAUGCCGAAAAAUCAAGACAUGUCCUUAUUGUGGAUCUCUCAAUGGCCAAAUUCGAAAGAUCGGCGUUCUCAAGCUGGCUCACGACAAGUUUGUUGCUUACAACAAGUCGACUUCUGCCAAGAAAACUCCUCCGGAGAGUAAGAUCAAGUUUGACAAGUCUUUCAAUGACGCGAAACGCGAGAAUCCCGAGCUCGACAAGCAUCUUCGUAAGGCCAUGGAGGAUCUGAAUCCACUCAGAGUCCUCAAUCUCUUUAAGAUGAUUAGCCCUACAGAUUGUGAACUUUUGGGGCUUGAUCCUGCCGAGGGACGACCCGAGAUGUUUAUCUGGCAGUUCCUUCCUGCCCCCCCUGUUUGUAUCAGACCAUCUGUCGCCCAAGAUAAUGCCAGCAACGAGGACGACAUCACCACAAAAUUAGCUGAUAUUGUUUGGGUCAGCGGAAUGAUUCGAUCCGCCUUACAAAAAGGCUCACCAGUCCAGACCAUCAUGGAGCAAUGGGAAUAUCUACAGACUCAAAUUGCUAUGUAUGUCAACAGUGACGUUCCUGGGCUUCAGCAACCCGGGUUUGGCAAAACUACAAGGGGUUUCUGUCAGCGUCUGAAAGGCAAGCAGGGUCGCUUCCGUGGCAACCUCUCCGGCAAGCGUGUCGACUUUUCUGGAAGGACAGUCAUCUCACCAGAUCCCAACCUUGGUAUCGAUCAGGUCGCUGUGCCGGAGUUAGUUGCGAAGAAUUUGACCUACCCUGAAAGGGUACAGCGGCAGAACAUCGAAAAGCUGCGUCAAUGUGUCAAAAAUGGACCUGACGUCUGGCCAGGAGCUCAGCGUGUCAUCAAGUCAGACGAAGGUGGCUAUCUACAGUCUCUGAAGUUCGGCAACAGAGAGUAUAUAGCCAGGGACCUCAAGUUUGGGGAUAUCGUUGAGCGACAUCUCGAGGAUAACGAUAUCGUUCUUUUCAAUCGCCAGCCGUCCCUGCACAAACUGAGUAUCAUGAGCCAUCUUGCUAAAGUCCGACCUUGGAGAACCUUCAGGCUAAACGAAUGUGUCUGUGGUCCCUACAAUGCUGAUUUUGACGGAGACGAAAUGAACCUUCAUGUUCCACAAACCGAGGAAGCUCGUGCUGAGGCCAUCAACUUGAUGGGCAUCAAACACAACCUCGCAACUCCCAAGAACGGUGAACCUGUCAUUGCCGCCACGCAAGAUUUCAUCACUGCAGCAUAUCUGCUGAGCGGCAAGGACCGAUUCUUUGACAGAAAGACAUUCACUUAUCUUUGCAUGCACAUGAUGGAUGGCAAGACGCACCUAGACUUACCACCCCCUGCUAUCAUUGCUCCACAAUCGCUUUGGACAGGAAAACAGCUGUUCAGUAUGUUGAUGCGACCCAAUAAGGACUCACCAGUCAAGGUGAACCUGGAUGCCAAAUGUAGAACAUACAAGGCCCGGCCUGGUCAAUGCCCUGAUAUGGACCCUAACGAUGGCUGGCUAGUGGUUCGUAACUCAGAGGUAAUGUGUGGUCGCAUGGAUAAGUCCACCGUGGGAGAUGGUAAAAAAGAUUCGAUCUUCUAUAUCAUUCUACGUGAUUUCGGACCAGAUGAGGCUGUGACGGCCAUGAACAGGCUGGCUAAACUUUGUGCGCGACAACUCACAAAUCAUGGGUUCUCUAUCGGCAUCGGAGAUGUGUUCCCUCCUCAAUCGCUCAUCCAGGAGAAAGAAAGGCUUGCCGCUGCCGCUUACAAGCAGUGUGAUGACUUGAUUGAAACUUUCAAGGCAGGAAAGCUUGAGAAGGCGGCCGGCUGCAAUCAAGAGGAGUCACUGGAGAACUUCAUGUCUGGUAUUCUAAGUAAAGUUAGACAACAGGCAGGAUCUUACUGUGUCGAGACCUUGAGCCGCAACAACGCCCCGCUUGUCAUGGCUAAGUCUGGAUCGAAGGGAUCAGAGCUCAACGUCGCCCAGAUGGUAGCGCUUGUUGGACAACAAAUUAUCGGUGGUGCUCGUGUGGCGGACGGGUUCCAGGAUCGAACGCUUCCUCAUUUCCACAAGAAUGCUCGGCAGCCUCCUUCUAAAGGUUUCGUCAAGAACAGUUUCUACAGUGGUCUUUCACCGACGGAAUUCAUAUUUCACGCCAUGUCAGGUCGUGAAGGUCUAGUCGAUACUGCUGUCAAGACGGCUGAAACCGGUUAUAUGUCUCGGCGACUCAUGAAGUCACUAGAAGAUUUGUCGACCCAAUACGAUGACACGGUCCGAACAUCGGGAGGCGGUAUUGUCCAGUUCCAGUUUGGCGCGGAUAAACUCGACCCUGUUGAUAUGGAAGGCUCAGCGGCACCAGUCCAUUUCGAACGAACCUGGACUCAUGCACAAAGCCUAACGGUCGACAACAGCGAGACUUCUAUGACACCAGACGAAAUCAGAUCUUUCUGCGACUCGAAACUGGAACCCGAACGACGACGUUAUGUCCGAAAGGCGUUGGUUGAUGGCACGGUACUGGACUACGAAGAUACCAGUGAUUAUGGCAUUGAUGAGCAUGAGGGCGCGAGAGGAUUUCUCAGAGCCAUCGAGAGUCACGUUGAAGCUCUGGCAUCCAAAUUGGAAAGAGUAAGAAAGCUCGCUGGUUUCGAGGGCGAUAAAAUGAUUAAACCCACCGCCCAAGAUCAUGCCGACCGAACCGCCAAAGUCACCCUAUCAACUCUUCAACUAUUCAUUAAAUUGUGCUUGGAAAAAUACAAGAAGGCUCACGUUGAACCCGGACACGCUGUCGGAGCAGUUGGCGCUCAAUCUAUCGGCGAACCAGGUACUCAAAUGACGCUUAAGACUUUCCAUUUCGCCGGUGUUGCUGGUAUGAGUAUCACAGGCGGUGUUCCCAGAAUCAAGGAGAUCAUCAAUGCAUCCAAAACUAUUAGUACGCCGGUCAUUACAUGUCCUUUGGAGAACAACGAGCAGAUUGAAGCCGCGAGAGUGGUCAAGGGGCGGAUCGAGAAAACGUACAUCUCCGAUAUCUUGCGUUUUGUUGAGGACGAAUGGCGCACGACAGAAGGAAACGUUGUUUUACAAAUUGACCCAACUGCCCUUUCGGACAUGCAUCUCGGCAUCGGUCCCUAUGAUAUUGCCGAGGCCAUUUGCAAACAGCGGAAGCUCAAGGUGCAGAGAGAUGAUCUGUCAAUUGACGGAGACCGAAUUGUUGUACGAAUUCGCGACGUCAGCGACCCAGCAGUGAAGAAGACAAUUGCCCGAAGCAAAGCUGCUGAAAGCGGAGACAUGCUACUCAGAGCCAAUUUUCUUCGUCGGGCGCUGCCUAAUGUGCCUAUAUCCGGUUAUUCCGAAACUACUCGUGCAAUUAUCCAGACUGCAGAGAACGGAACGCAUGAAGUCCUUGUUGAGGGUUACGGACUUCGAGAAUGUAUGACUACAGAGGGUGUCAUCGGAACUAAGGCGAGCACAAACAACGUUAUGGAAUGCCGAGACGUGCUUGGUAUCGAAGCUGCGAGAACCACUAUCGCCGUCGAGAUUGGCGAAGUCAUGAAGGAUAUGAACAUUGAUCCCCGUCACAUGCAACUUCUUGCCGAUGUCAUGACCUACAAGGGCGAAGUUCUCGGCAUCACGCGUUUCGGUUUGUCCAAGAUGCGCGACAGCGUACUGCAGCUCGCUUCGUUCGAAAAGACUCCAGAUCAUCUCUUUGAAGCUGCAGCUGGCAUGAAGACAGACCAGAUCGAGGGUGUCAGUGAGUGUAUCAUUAUGGGCCAGACCAUGUCAGUCGGCACUGGAGCGUUCCAGGUUGUUCGCCGCUUAGGGAUUCGGGACAGCGAUGUGAAGCAGAAGCCUACGCUGUUUGAGGAUGCCUGGAAAAAGGAGACCGCGCUGAAGCAAAAGUCUCGUCGGAAGCGGCCGUCUGAAAUUCGCCAAAUGCUCCAGGACGACGGCCUGGAGGUUGAUGAUGCUCCGGAAGAUGCUGGAGAUGGCGCCCCUCGAAGCAGCUACAAUUUUGCCCCUGGUUACCAUGGCGUGGUCUAUCGUGCCGAUACUCCAGAUCGAGGUGCUGGGCCUCAACAUGGUGACCGUGAAUCUCAGGAAACUUCGACCAUGACUUCUGUAAAAUCCGGCGACUCUACUGCGUACAAAUUGCAGUCAAUGAAAUGGGGCCUUAUCCCAUCAUGGACCAAGCGAAAUCCCGACUAUGGCUCGAUGCUCAAGACGAUCAAUUGCCGAGACGACUCACUCAGCUCACCGGGAGGCCUAUGGGCCAGCAUGAAAGCUCGCAAAAGGUGUAUAGUUGUCGCGCAGGGGUUCUACGAAUGGCUCAAGAGUGGCAAAGAAAAACUCCCGCAUUAUGUGAAGCGGAAGGAUGGCCGGCUGAUGUGCUUUGCUGGCCUUUGGGACUGUGUACAGUACGAAGGUUCAGAGGAGAAGUUGUACACGUACACAAUCAUCACUACGGACUCGAACCCGCAGUUGAAGUUCCUUCACGCUCGCAUGCCCGUUAUACUGGAGCCACAGUCACCUGACAUCACAAGCUGGCUCAACCCGUCUCAAGACGAGUGGUCUGACCAGCUACAGUCGCUCUUGAGGCCCUUCGAGGGAGCCUUAGAGGUAUAUCCUGUUAGUAAGGAUGUGGGAAAGGUGGGCAAUAACUCUCCUUCUUUUGUCGUUCCCUUAGACAGCAAGGAGAACAAAUCAAACAUCAAGAACUUCUUCAACAUUGCGGGAGGUCAAAAGCCAUCUACGACAAGGGAACAAGAGGAGCAAUAUAGAGGCAUUCUAAAAGAAGAACAGAACCAUGAAAAGCCGGUUCUUGAGAUCAAGAAGGAGCCAGACCAGUCCCAUGAAUCACCUGCAGCAAAGCGCAAAGUCCCUGAAGGAUUCGAUACAGAAGGGAACGACAGUAAUGAUGACACAAAGAAAGCACAGAACAGGGUGAGAUUGGAUUUGGAACACAUGAGAAUGUGA